GUUUAAAUAGGGCUUACUCCUCCUGUGUCUGCAGUGAUACUGAUUUUAAACAGUGAGUUUGAGAGUCUGGGUUUCAUCCACACUGUGCGUAAGAAGUUCACCUUUCAAGUCCUAGGUUUCUCUUUCCUAGGGCCCAGAACCCAUCAGUCCCCUGCUGCACCCAGGUGGACAGGAGGCUCUGGCAUACCUGGGAGGGGAACAGCAGACAAAAGCCUCUGAGUCUGGGACUAACCACUGCUUCUGUUCUCAGCAGGAGCCCCAACACGGAGACCUGAGAAAAGAUGAGACUGGAUCUUCUGGGACGCUUUCCUCUCCUGCUGCUGCUGGCUUUAUGGGGGCCAGCGCGUCCACUUUGUGCUUGGCGUCAAUUCCUCACCAGGGCCCAGUGGUUUGAAAUUCAGCAUGUAAGGUCAAGCCCUGUCAGCUGCAACACGGAAAUGAAUGGUGUCAAUAAUUAUACUCAGAACUGUAAGGUUCACAACACCUUUCUGCAUGACUCCUUCAAGAACGUGUCUGAUACCUGUCUUUUGUCCAACGUGACCUGCAAAAAUGGGAUGAAUAACUGCCACCAGAGUCCACAGCGUGUUAAUAUGACUGACUGCACACUCACUUCAGGGAAGUAUCCCAACUGCAAGUACAAAGAUACUCCCCUGUACAAAUUCUUCAUUAUUGCCUGUGAUCCCCCUCAGCAGGGUGACCCUCCCUAUCGAUGGGUUCCUGUACACUUAGAUAAGGUUAUUUGAAGUUUCCAUCACUUUCCCUGUCAUUCAGCACAGGUUUUCUUAUGAUCUCCUCUGCUAUUUCUUUUCCUUUGUUGAUUUCCAUGGUUCCCAUAGAAGAAAGAAGGAGGGUACUGGGGUGGGGGGAGGGAUUCACAUGCCAAGGAUGCAAGACCAGCGCUGGGGACAAAGAGACAUGGGAUUCUUUUCUGCUUUGGGAGCUCUGUGUGUUUUGAAGGAAGGCAAUAGGGAAGAGGGCAAAGAAAGACACAGGCUUCCAUAUUUUUAAUCUUGGAACUUCUGCCAAGCUUUGGUGCAAUGUGUUCACAGCAAUAAAACCACUUUCUUUUGCAUUGUAA